GAGCCGCCGUGGGCCCGCGCGCCGCCGCCGGCAAAGUUCGCUGGAGUUGGGGCGAAGUUUGGGGCUCGCGGCCGGGCCGGGCCGAGCUCCCCGCCGCGCGCGCCUCCCCAGCCAUGUCGUCCAUCCUGCCCUUCACCCCCCCGAUCGUGAAGCGCCUGCUGGGCUGGAAGAAGGGCGAGCAGAACGGGCAGGAGGAGAAGUGGUGCGAGAAGGCGGUCAAGAGCCUGGUGAAGAAGCUGAAGAAGACGGGGCAGCUGGACGAGCUGGAGAAGGCGAUCACCACGCAGAGCGCCAGCACCAAGUGCAUCACCAUCCCCAGGUCCCUGGAUGGUCGCCUGCAGGUGUCCCAUCGGAAGGGGCUCCCCCAUGUCAUCUACUGCCGCCUGUGGCGAUGGCCGGACCUGCACAGCCACCACGAGCUGCGGGCCAUGGAGCUGUGUGAGUUCGCCUUCAACAUGAAGAAGGACGAGGUGUGCGUGAACCCCUACCACUACCAGAGGGUGGAGACGCCAGUUCUACCUCCUGUGCUGGUGCCGCGCCACACAGAGAUCCCAGCCGAGUUCCCCCCGCUGGAGGACUACACCCAUUCCAUCCCCGAGAACACCAACUUCCCCGCCGGCAUCGAGCCCCAGAGCAAUAUUCCAGAGACCCCACCCCCGGGCUACCUGAGCGAAGAUGGAGAAACCAGUGAUCAUCAGAUGAACCACAGCAUGGAUGCAGGUUCUCCGAACCUCUCCCCAAAUCCGAUGUCCCCGGCACACAAUAACUUGGACCUGCAGCCUGUCACCUACUGCGAGCCAGCCUUCUGGUGUUCCAUCUCCUACUAUGAGCUGAACCAGCGCGUUGGGGAGACUUUCCAUGCCUCACAGCCGUCCAUGACCGUAGAUGGCUUCACUGACCCCUCCAACUCCGAGCGCUUCUGCCUAGGCCUGCUGUCCAACGUGAAUAGGAACGCAGCGGUGGAGCUGACCCGGAGACACAUUGGGAGAGGUGUGCGGCUCUACUACAUCGGAGGGGAGGUAUUCGCGGAGUGCCUCAGCGACAGCGCUAUUUUCGUCCAGUCUCCUAACUGUAACCAGCGCUACGGCUGGCACCCUGCCACCGUCUGCAAGAUCCCCCCAGGAUGUAACCUGAAGAUCUUCAACAACCAGGAGUUCGCCGCGCUGCUGGCUCAGUCUGUGAACCAGGGCUUCGAGGCCGUCUAUCAGCUGACGCGCAUGUGUACCAUCCGCAUGAGCUUUGUCAAAGGCUGGGGAGCCGAGUAUAGGAGACAGACAGUGACCAGCACUCCCUGCUGGAUUGAGCUGCACCUGAAUGGGCCUUUGCAAUGGCUGGACAAGGUCCUCACGCAGAUGGGCUCCCCCAGCAUCCGCUGUUCCAGUGUGUCUUAGAGACCCUGGGUGUGCAGGGGGAGGCAGGCUCGGGGACAGCGGCCAGGGAGGAGAUGGGAGAUCAGAACUCUACUCAACCUGCUCAUUGUCAAGGAAGAAGUAAUUUUUCUCCCUCAAUUAAGAUGACAUCAGCCUAUUCUCAUGAAACACAGAAGCAAACCUAGAGAUGGAUUUUAUGACCAGCUGUGUCUGCUGAACCCGUGUGCCCUUGGUCCUGCGGUAGUGUUUCACUGCCUACCCUUCCCCAAGCCUUUUUAAAGGACAGCAACCUGGGAUGUUUGAGUCCAACAGGAAGGCCCCUCAGUCCAGGACCGGGGUGUGGAAUCCACCUUGGAAGGCUGUUCCGGCAUUUUGGACAGACGCCUCAAGCCUCCACGUGGGCAGAGUGGGUGAGCCCAGCAGGCUCUGGGGGGGCGGGGAGUGCCCCGCUGACUCGCCUUUCUCCCAGCACACUGAUUGGUGUGACCAGUGUGUCAGCAGGAUGUGGUGCAGCUGUCUCUUCUUUUGAAGCUCUUUGUCCUUUUUCACUUGGAGCAGUUGGAAGGAUCUACUGAGGCUCAGUGUGUAUGCAGUGUAUAGUUUAUCGUAUUGAUCUCAAAGAGAUUUGAGCGACAUGAAGUGUUCCCAAGAGACAAGGGCUGAGCAGCACUGUGCUGGGGGCCGCUCUGGCACCAGAAGUACUUGCUCCAUAUUGUAAUGCACGUGGCUAUGUGGGUCUAUGUAGUCAGUUGCAUUAAGUAAAGCAACUUUACCAUAUGUUCUUUCAAAGGUUUUAUAUGAAAACAAAUCCUGGGUAGGUGCACUGACUGGGAAUCCUGAGCCAGACCCAGCACCUACUUACUUUCUCCUCUCCCCCAAGGUGAAGCUCUGCCGGUUUUGUGGAGGAGCCACCUGCUGGCACUUUGGGAAGCUGGAAUUUAUAGCAGCAAAUGCACCAGAAGGGAAACAUUUCAGGCCAAUGUAGGCAUAUGAAAGGGCUGUUAAAAUUUUUUUAUACCUUUGAAAAUUACAGGCUUGGUGCAAAAUGGUCUGUCAUCUCCACCCUGGGAAGGAAGAUUAUCAAGCUCACUGUGGAGGAUCAUCAGUGACAACCACAGCAGUGAUACUGUGUAAUAAGUACUGCUCCCAGUGGCAAUUAGGGAGAAAACUAGUAUAAAUUAUUUCAACUGGAAAAAAAGAAAAAAGCCCUCUCUUACUGGCCUUUUGCAGAAUACAGCAGACAGGAUUGACACCUGCAACUGGUACUUUAUUCUUCACUGCUGUUUUGUUUUUAGUGAAAUGACUUAUCCCACAUCUUUACAUGGAUUUAUACCGGGAAAAACAAAAGGAUUUCCUAUGGAAGUCCUGUCUUAUUCCAGGUGAAGAGAAGAAAGUGUAACUUUUGGCAGGUUCUGAACCUUGAAUGUGAUGAAACUUCUGAUGCUCUAUGAAGACUUGGGGGACUUGCUGGUGCCUCACCUGCGGGAUCCUGUGCCCCAUGGGUGCAGCCUGGAGGUUUCCAGGUAGGAGGACUGCACCCCAAGCCUCCUGAGGACACAGAGAAGGAAUGAGUGCCUUGCCAGACUUGUGCAGAUCUUCCUGCAGGGGUGCUGACCCAGAACCCAGAGAGGAUACAGAACCCUGCACUUCCUUUGCAGGCCAAACACUGCGGGUGUGAAGCUUAUGCCUGGCUCAGUGGUCUGUGGACUGCUGCUUGCAAACACAGGAAGCCCUCUGAUCCUCCGGGAUGUGCAUUUAUGUUCCUGGUCAGUCCUGAGACCCAGGGCAAGAUUAUUCCAUUUUGGCUUGUAUGGCACGAUCACAGCGCCCCUCCUAAAAGCCAUGGUUUCUGAGGGCCUGCGUUCUCCACCUGCUGUGUGGUCUCCUAAAGGCUUCCUGGGCACAUCAUCAUCUUUAGGUGCUUGGAAACCAGCUUCAGGUUUGGCUGUAUGUGGAUGGUCUCAGAGCUCUCAGUGCUGCAAUCUGAUGGUCGCUUCUAAGGAGGCAUGAAGAUUGGACUUUGUGUUUUUCUUUACAGAUCACCGGAGGAGGACAUAUGAGAAAACUGCAACAAGCCCACCUUUGGCAUCACUGAGACAUACUUAUACGGCCAGUGUGUCACUCCCGUCACAGAGCACAACAGAGGUCCUUCAGGCAUGUGUAAUUAGUGUCCUUUCUAAGUCACAAAGCUAGUUUUCUUAGUUUCAAAUCCUAUUGUACAAAUGGCAUUUAAACAUUUAAAACCUUUUUUAAAGGUGGCCACUGGGUAGCAGUUUUAAGUACAGUUCUCUCAAGCCACGUGAUCUCCUGUGCUGACCCUGAACCCGCCCCUAGAACUGGGGCAGAGGUCCUUGUCCUCCACUCCCCCCUCCUUACCAACUUAAUUUAGUAGUGCAGAUCCUCGUGGUGCACAUGCACAGAGCCACACAGCUGGGUUGGGUUACGGGCCUGUGCCAGCACGUCACCCCAGCUGGCCACCUUCCUGGCGGGGCUGCAGCAAGGAGACCUGACAUUUUGACUCUUUGGAAGAACACAUGAGGGCAAGGCUGCUGGCAGACUUUUCAUUGUUCUGAUGUUGUCGUAUUUUUUACUGACUAUGGUGAUUGUUUUUUUUAAAUCGUUAAUGUAUUGAAAUGAGCUGUAGCACAGAUCAUGUGCUUAGUUUUUGUUUUUCUCUAUCUCCUCUGUGGCUCCCUAGAGGUUGGACGUAUUCCAGGACUAAAUGCUCUUACCCAAACCGCAGAGAGGGGUUUUCUCCAAGCAGCAUGUGCUUGUUGGGCGUGGACGUGAGUCUCAGGGGAGAAGGCAAACAGCAAAUUUCAUUCUUAGCCCUACACUGCGCCUUCUGAGGCUCUGUGAGAUUGUCUCCUUCAGUCCUAAGAGGAAGGGCCAGGAAGGGAACCUGCCGCUGCUCUCAGAACUGCUGUUUACUAAGGGCGCUGCCGGAGGUGACACAGGCUUAGCCCCAGACCCUCUUUCUGUGUGGCUUUGACAUCCUUUCACGUAAGUCUUCACCGCCUCUCUUCCCCUCUUAGGGAAUACUGGGGCCUUCUCAAGUGGGUGGAAGGCAGAAAGACACUCGCAACAGGGUCUGGAUUGCAAAGGGAGGCACGGCAUCCCUGACGGCAGGUGUCAGUCUGUACGGAGGCAACUUAACACCCAGGCACCCCUUAGAAACACCUUUCACGGGAAGGAAACUUGCAAUUCAUGUAAACUGGAUUGAGAAAUCCUCAGCGAUUCCAUCAUUGACUUUUUUUAAUGCAGAAGUAAUGUAUACUGUAGCAUUCUGGUGUUUUUAUAUUUAUGUAAUAAUUUCUUAAAACCAUUCAGACAGGUAACUAUUUAAUUUUUUAAAAAAUACAUUUGGAAAGGUGUCUCCUCCUAAGGACAGUGGCUGGAAGAGGUGGGGGACAGCCAAAUCUGUGUUGGUGGAAGGUGCAGUGGCUUUUUUUGGUUUGGCAUCAGAAACACAGAACCAGGCUGGCUAGGCAGGCAGCAACAUGUCAGAACAGGCAGCUCUGAGGCAAAUCUGGGCCCUUUCCUAGGGGUAAAAACUAGCAACUACCCCCAGAGAGAUGGAGCCAUCAUUAUGGAGAAGCCUUUACUCACCCUGAGUGCCGCGCCUCAGCUGAGACCCUUGUUCUAAUGUUCGGGGGCCGGGGACGAGAAUGUGGAGGAAGAGGCCGAUUACCUUCGCUAUUCGGCCAGCCUCUUCAUCUCUGUAAAAAGCAUGUAUGUAUUUAUAGUGUUUUAGAUUUUUCUAACUUUUGUAUCUUAAAAGCAGAGCACCUGUUUAAGCAUUAUACCCCCUUGUAAAAGAUUCAUGGCAUCUCUUCCCUUCUCUUGCUCUUGUAAGUGCCCUUCUAAUAAACUUUUCAUUGAAAAGCUCCUAGGCCAGGAGCUCAGUCUGA